GGUACGACAAAAGUGAAGGAAUACUGAAAGAUAACUAGCCUUUAAAACGUCGGUUAGUUAUAACUAAUAACUAAUUCCUCCCAAUUCAACCCAAUAAUACAAUCUACUUGUACCUAAUUCAGUCCAACCAGGUGUGGUGGGUUUAAAACAGACCGGAAAAAUCAGUGUGUGCUUCUAUGUAGACAACCAGUUGUCGUGAAAUAGUGGCAAAAACGAGUAUAAUUUUGCUGAAAAUGGACCGACGCUCCAGACGUGCCAGUUCCAAUGGCGGCUGUAACGGAGCAGCAGUAGCCCCAACCUCCGAGCACAAAUCUUGCCAUUCGAACGGUUGUCCCCAGGGACACGAAACCGACUCCCACGAAACUCCACACGACUCGAUUCGUGUGGGGCCGAAUAACCAGUCGGAUAAUAUGGGAGUAUCACCAUCAACAGCACGAGCGUGUUGUCACGAAUUGUCAGCCCCCUCCCCGAAACACAUUGAGCCACAGUUGACAAAAACCGAAAACUCAACUCUGAAAAACACGCUAUUAUUUAUCAUUGUCUGUAUCAGUUUGGGCAUGUUACUGUACACGUCAGUGAAGGUGAUCUCUGAAUAUUUGGAUGAGCCGAUAGCAGUUGAGACCACCCUGAAGAAGGAGCACGAUCCUCGCAAGAAAUUCCCUGAAAUCAUAGUCUGUUCACACCGCAUGGCUAGUAUGGAGAAGAUCAAAGCCAACUUGGACAUCACGCUCGGCGUCAAAGACAUGGCCGAAGUGUUUCUGGAAAAGGUGAAGAACGGUGAAGAAGUUCCCGAAGACUUUUUCGACCAGCGAGGAGUGAACAUCGAUGACGUGUACAACAACAUCCUCUGGCACAGCACAAAUCUCAGCUACCUGCCGUCUGAGAAACUAGAGGCAAUCAAGAUAUCACGUGACGAGUUUGUGAUCGACUGUCAGAUCAAAAACUAUACCUUCCCGCCAAACUACAUAAACUGCCUAGCAAAUAUGGAAGAUAUUACGACAAAUGAAUACGCUGUCUGUCAGAAAAUCAAACUGACCGUUGAUCAGGCCGACACUGCGACCAAGUUCACAGGGUCAACGUAUGGCCUCAGACUGAACUUGUUUCUGAAUACGAAGGACACUUCGGGGGAGAUAUCUUCGGCCUCGGGAGUCCGAGUCACAAUUUCGGACCCCGAGUACCCUGUCAUUCCACAGAAUAGUGGGGUGGACGUGGCGCCUGGAAUUGCUCUGUCGAUGGGGUUCCGUCGCUUCGAGUACCUCAAGAUUAACCGGAAGAGCAGGGAGUUCGAAUGCAUCUCCCACUUGGACUGGACUCCCUUCCUCUCCCCAAACUCCACCGUCAAGGGACUGGAGUAUGCUUCCACUGAUCACAUGUUGUGCGAUCAGACCUGUUCUUCCAUCUACACCCAACAGAAAUGCAACUGCAGCACUAUGCAUUUUUUCGGAGACACCAUCUGUCAGAAAUCAGAGCCGUGUGUGAUUGCGGAGCCCACUUACUCCUGGCUGAAACGAAGAAUCAAGCACUGCAGAGAGACCAUGUGCAAAACCUCUUGCAGAAAAGUAGACUACAGGGUCACUACAAACCAAGCCAUGUUUCCUUCCGAAGCCUUCAUGCCAGUGUUCAUUGGUCGGAUUCUAUCCGACGAGUCAAAGGUCAGCGACUACAUCAAACGAAACGUCCGCCAGUUGUAACUCAGUAAAAAAAACGAAUUCAAAAACCAGACGCCAUUUUUUGUAAAAACUUUUCAAAGAGUGGCCUAAAAUAUACGUCAUAUUAGGCCUGGUUUUUCAAAAUUUUGCCGGAGAAGUAGAUAAUUUUGGCAAAAUUGGCUUUUUGCAGUAGUUUGGUAGAGCUCGAAAAAUCAGAUUGGUCAGGGCAGUCGACCUGAAAAGU